AAGAGGGACGCUCACUUGCCGCCAAAUUGAUGAUCAUAUUCAUGCUAUUGAGCGAGACGGCUUUAUGCGUAGUCCCACUUUUACAACUGAUCAUGCUCACCUACGCGCCAUGUACACUGCCAUUCAUCCUGUCCAUGGAUCCUAACUGUAAGGCCAUGAUAGCCUCGAAAAAGGGAGUCCAUCUCCCCUUCCUGGGCAUCCACUUGUUCGAAACUUGGUUAUGGUUCAAUAUCAUGAAUUCGUCAGCUCUUUGGAUAAUUUACGUUUUCUUUUCUGGAAUUAUGAGUAUUCUUACGUACUUCAGGGUUUUGCUGUCACAAAUCUCCAUCGUCAAAACCCCAUCGGAUUUACAUUCCUGCAUCAAACUUUACAAGUCGAUUCAAAUCUUGGAGAAAUACUUCAACGCUUUCCUCCUCCCACGCGUCAUUCCCGUCCUAAUCACAGGUGUUCCUAUCCUUCAAAUAAUCUCCCUGUACGUCUGCCUCAAUCACAAUCAGGACAUCGACAUGCCAGGAUUCUUGGUGUUUCCUCUGCUCCUCAUGGAGGCCGCAGGAACAAUCAUUUUCGUCUUCACGCUGGCCUCCAAGAUUAAUAAUUCUUCGGAAACGAUGGUGAAAUUUCUGAAGGAUGGGAUACGAAAGGGAAGUGGGAAUAAGGCCCACUUGAAAAAGGAGAUAAAAUCGUUAUCCUUGCUCAAAAUCAAAUUCGGAUCGAACUUCAUCGACCGUGGAACGCCUCUCGUUAUUGAAACGUUUUGCAUUAAUCAAACCGUAUCGCUAACCCUGAUCAAGCACGGGAAGAUGGGCGGAUAACGAUAAUUCUGCUUCAAUUUAACUCAUUUGACGUAUGGGUAUGUAUGUAUCGUUCUGUGUUUAUACAUAAGACGUACUUAAUUUGUGUAUGUAUAUGCAAUCCAGAUUAGACCUCAAUGCCUACUGAAAAUUUUUAUUAUUAGCCGUGCACACAUACUGUAAAACUAUUUAAUAUUUCGGAAAUAUGUACAUUUACAUAAUCGCCUGAUGUAGGAAUACAUAUGUACCGAAAGCUUGCACAAAUAAAUGUAUGUCUCAAAUGUCAUGUUCUCUAAAGCCGAUUUACACAAUCAAUAUGAACCUACUUAAUUACCUUGAUGUGCCGAAUUGAAUAAAUUUCAGCAAAAUUGUACAUAUUUAAAGUACAUGUAUAUACAUACUUAGCUAAUGUGACCAGAGAAUAUAUAUUUAGUUAGUCUAGUUUGUUCCAAUAUUGUGAGCUACAUAUGUUAAAUUUUGUUAUUAAUUCUUAUUGGUUAUCCUGAAUUUCUAUUCGCUCCAUUGCUUCCCAAAUGUAUGUAUCGAUAUCAAUACAUAAUUUUACCAUUAAAGAACAAAAUCCUUUAUUCAGUGAAGUAAUAAACCGAUUCAGAAAUAAUGUUUUAUUUUCCACGGUGGUGGGAAGUUCAAGUUGUGCCGACGAAUUAGCGUCAUUCCUUCGUUGAUGAAUGGGGAUUGGAAAAAAUCCCGCGAACUGUGAUAUCCGUAUAGGCAAGAAUGACGCCCUGGUCACGGCAGCAAAACGUGAGUCAUUCUGCGAUAAAGUCCCUAGUUUUUGAGGGACUUUUUUGAUGAAUUUCCACCAGGAAUUUUGACCUGUGCUGCAUUGUAAUAUUUAUCGAAUUUAGUAUGCACAUGCUUGAACGACGUCAUGU